AUGUCCGGACCAUGUUUGGCCAGGGAGCAGCGAUGUUUGUACAAGAUCAUGUUCCAAAAAUACCGCCCGUUCCCAGCGCCGCCGGAGGAGCGGCUGCAGCCCCUGCCCGGCUCCAUCGCGGCUCCGCAGGGCCCGGCUCGGCUCGGGUCUGGCACCGGGUACCGGGUGCCGGCACCUGCCCGGGCAGAGGUGGCUGUGACAGCUGAGGGCAAAGAGCUGGUGCUGGUGCUGGAGAGGAACCAGCUGCUGGCCCCGGGUUACACCGAGACUCACUACAGCGAGCAGGGCGAGCCCGUGACCGUGACCCCCAACCACACGGAGCACUGUCACUACCACGGCCACGUCCGAGGCCACCGCGGCUCCUGGGUCGUGAUCAGCACCUGCUCAGGAAUCCGGGGCCUCAUCGUGCUGAGCAGCAACAGCAGCUACUACCUGAGACCCCUGGGGAGCCCCGAGCCAGGUGUGCACCUCAUCCACCGAGCAGAGCACCUGCCCAUGCCAGGGGGCACCUGUGGGCACGGCCAGGAGCUGGGGAGCACCAUGGCUGGCAUUGCCCAGCUCUUCCAGCCACAGCACCCACGGGCCAGGAGAGAUGCCUGGAGGACCAUGAAGUACAUGGAGCUCUUCAUCGUUGCUGAUCACACCCUGUACAGGAACCAGAACCUCAACCUGGGCCACACCAAGCAGCGCAUCGUGGAGAUCGCAAACUACGUGGACAAGUUCUACAGGCUGCUGAACAUCAAGGUGGCCCUGAUUGGGCUGGAGGUGUGGACGGAGCGGGACCAGUGCGCGGUGAGCAGCGACGCCAACGCCACGCUCUGGGCGUUCCUGCAGUGGAAGAAAUCGCUGAGGGCACGCAAGAAACACGACAAUGCCCAGCUGCUGACGGGGAAGACGUUCGGGGGCACCACCAUCGGAAUGGCUCCGCUGGAGGGGAUGUGCAGCGCCGACAACUCCGGGGGGGUCAGCGUGGACCACGCGGAGCAGCCCAUCGGAGCCGCGGCCACCAUGGCCCACGAGAUCGGCCACAACUUCGGCAUGGUCCACGACAGCCAGGGCUGCUGCGUGGAGGCCACCCCGGAGCAGGGCGGCUGUGUCAUGGCAGCAGCCACCGGGCACCCCUUCCCCCGCGUGUUCAGCUCCUGCAGCAAGAGGCAGCUGGAGAAUUACUUCCAGAAGGGAGGGGGGAUGUGCCUCUUCAACCUGCCCGACACCAAGGACCUGGUGGUGGCACGGAAAUGUGGCAAUGGCUUCAGGGAGGAGGGAGAGGACUGUGACUGCGGGGAGGUGGAGGAAUGCACCAACCCCUGCUGCAAUGCUCACAACUGCACGCUCAAGGAGGGGGCCCAGUGUGCCCACGGUGACUGCUGCCACAGCUGCAAGCUGAAGGCGGCAGGGACGAUGUGCAGGGAGGCUGCGGGAUCCUGUGACCUGCCCGAAUUCUGCACCGGAGCCUCCCCGUACUGCCCGGCCAACGUGUACCUGCUGGACGGCUCCGAGUGCGCCCACGGCCACGCCUACUGCAGCACCGGCAUGUGCAUGACCCACCAGCAGCAGUGUGUGCAGCUCUGGGGGCCAGGAGCGUGGCCAGCCCCCGAUGCCUGUUUCCAGGACGUGAACAUGGCUGGGAACACCUACGGCAACUGCGGCAAGGACAGCCAGGGCCGCUACGUCAAGUGUGACAAGAGGGAUGCCAUGUGUGGGAAGAUCCAGUGCCAGAGCUCUGCCAAGAAGCCACAGGGGACCAACACGGUGUCCAUUGACACCACGAUCCGCUUCAAGGGCCGCGAGGUCAAGUGCAGGGGCACCUUCGUCUACAGCGCCAAGGACGACCAGGAGGACCUGUCCGACCCCGGGCUGGUCCUGACGGGCACCAAGUGUGGAGAUGGGAUGGUGUGCAAGGACCGCCGCUGCCAGAACGUGUCGCUGUUCGAGCUGGAGAAGUGCGUGUCCCGCUGCCACGGCCACGGGGUCUGCAACAGCAACAAGAACUGUCACUGUGACCCGGGCUGGGCCCCCCCGUUCUGUGAGAAGCCAGGCCUGGGGGGCAGCGUGGACAGUGGCCCCGUGCAGAGCCACAACCACGAGUCCACCCUGAUGGCCCUGGUUGUCAUCUCCCUGUUCCUGCUGCCCGCCCUGAUGCUGAGCAUCUACUACUGGUACCAGCAGGAGAACUCCCUGCUCAGCAGGUGGAUCAAGGAGANNNGUGCCACGUCCCUCAUCCCCAGCAGGAACAAAUCCAUCGGCCGGAAGUCGAGCAGUGCCCGUCCCAAAGCUGCUUUCACCCUGAGGAACAUUUCAGCCUCCAGCCACCCUGCCAAGCAGGGUCCAGGGACCGCCUUCCUCCCCAAAUCCAGCGCUGCCCCGCCCGGCUCUCAGCCCAUCAAUGUCGUCCACCCCCUUCGCCCCGCUCCCCAUCCCAUCCCCCCCCGUCCCAGGGACCCCAAACCCGCCAGGCCCCCUCCCCCAGCCAGCAGAUCACCCCUGGUCCCCGCCAAAGCCGGCGCCUCCCAGGCCAAGCUGCCACCUCCCAGGAAACCUCUUCCCUGCAGCCCCGUGAGGACCCCGCAGCAGGUCCCAAAGCAGCCAGCCCCGCGCCGGCCCCUGCCGGGCACUCCCCUGCUGGCCACGGAGCUGCCCCCUGGCCACGGGCAGACCCUGCUGGUCACGGUCCCUCCCCACAACCUCAGCGCCGCUGCCUCGGGCCACCCCACGAGGCCGCUCAAACCGAUGCCACCUCAGAGGCCAGUCCCAGCCAUCAAAGGCCAAUCCACCUCCUUCUCCAAGAAGUGACAAUGCCAGGACUCCUGUCCCACCCUUGCUGAGCUGGCUCUCGUGAUUUGCACUGCUGUGGCCACAGGGCUGUCCCUUGUUUGAGUAACCCUUUUGAUACCAGAGGACUAUUUUUGUAAGACAGAAUUUGUACUCAGCACACCACCUGUGGUGGGGGGUGGACAGGGGACAUUGGCACCAGGGCUGGGCUGCAGGGGGGGGAGUUUCCACCAUGGAGAUCCCACCACAGCUCCUGGCCCUUCCUGGCCCGUUUCCCUCCCAGCUUUGGAUCCUCUUGACAUUGCACACGGGCUGGGACGGGGUCACCCGGGGGAAGUGAACAUCCCCACCAAAGGAAGAUGCUGGAGACAGUGUGGUGUCCCUGGUGACCGUGUGGUG